CAAGAGGUUUGGUAAAGCAUUGGGCACUCCCUGCGCCCAGUGUCGUACGUAUUGCCCCCAACAGCACCUGGGCCCAUGGAGGUGCAUGCCAUUUCUAGUAAACCCCAUUUGCUUCACAGAGCUACAAUUCCCAGAGUUCGCCUGGGAAGAGGUAUGGAUUGUUCAACCACUCUGAGGACAGUAGCUUUGUGAGGGGAAAACGGGUCUCCUAACAACUCCUAGCACCCUUCACAAACUACAGCUCCCAGAAUUAUUUGAGGGGGAAGCCAUGAAGUGGCAUCACAUGCUUUAAACAUAUGGUGCGAAUGUGUCCUUAAUUACACACACACACACACACACACACACACACACACACAGUGCUUUUUUCUAAAAAGAAUGUUGGGGUACUCUGAUUUUGACUCAAGAAAAUCACCAUUUAUAGUUCAAAUUGGGGGAAAUAAAUACAGUAAAUGGUCAAAAAUACAAAGAUUCACAAAAUGUUUAGGGGUAUGUGUACCCCUGCGUCCCCCCCCCCCAGAAAAAAGUACUCUGUGUGUGUAUACACGCACUGCUUUUUUUUCUAUAAAAAUAAGUGCCGGUACUCACCAUGAAGUUGUUCCAUUAAGUGCCACACUUUUUAACAACAAAAAGAGGUGCCAGUACUGCAUAUCCUUGAGUACCGCCUUUAAGAAAGCACUUUUAAAUAAUCAGUGGCACUUUCUUCUUUACCUAAUGGUUAAUAUGUCCCUUCUGGGAAAGCCAGGCAGAUGUACUCUACUCCUGACUUCUCUCCAAGCUACUAGAAACCCAGCUCCAUGGAAUCAGCACAAGCGAGUUAGUGUUUGUUGGCACAGGAAAUUAUAUGCUCAACUUCUGCUCUCUCAGCCCAUGCUUUUGCUACAGACAAUGGAGAGAAAACUGUGCCACUAAGCCAAACCUCAGCUGCUGCUGGACACAGCUGACGGAUGGCCGGCCAGCCAAGAGCCACUCAAAGAAGUUAUCCAGCUGUCGUCUAGCAGUUUCACUGGGGAUUAUUAUGGUGGGAUGGGGGUGUAAAAGAAUGCAUAGGGGCAUGGUUUAUUGGCUGAAAUCCAGGUGUUGAUCCCAUCCUGUUCCUCGGGGCUGUGGACAUUUAAUUAUGAAUAAAAUUAAUGCCCCUGUUUGUUUAAUCUCAGCCCAGUGUGGUGCCUAGACACAACUUCUGAAACAGGAAGACAGGCUCAGGGAGAGAUGUGCUCCAUACGGAGAGCUUAUCUCCACCCCACCCUGUCGUGGCUUGAAAUGAACACACACAGGUGAAUUUUUCCAACACCAGUCACAGGGGGGGACAGAAGGUAGAUGAUGAUCCAUGAACUAAUCACCAGUCCAAUUUCUGGGGGUGGGGGUGGGGAGGAAGAAGCUUUACAGCAGGCAUCCUCAAACUUGGCCCUCCAGCUGUUUUGGGACUACAACUCCCAUCAUCCCUAGCUAACAGGACCAGUGGUCUGGGAUGAUGGGAAUUGUAGUCCCAAAACAGCUGGAGGGCCAAGUUUAGGGGUGCCUGCUCUAUAGGAUUUCCAUGGGGGAAGGGCAGUGUUCCAGUGAUUUGUAGACUGCUUUGUUGCCAUUCCCCGUGCCAUAAUCAAAUUUCGCAAAAGAACAAAUCUUUGCCACUUGAAGUUACCACAGAGCAUCUCCUAAGUAUCACAGGUUAGGUAGAAAAUAAGCAUGAUGCUAACUAGUCAAUAGAAAUGUAUAGAAGUCUGCACAUCCAAAGGACAACAUAAUUUAAUUCAGAAAUUACAACUGGGGGCUUGCAAAAAAAUAAGUAAAUUAUAGUCUGGAGUGCUUCUGUGCAGGAUACUCCAUUUCAUUCCAAUCCCAAGCUGAUCAGCAUUUAGAAUACUCCGUUCCGCCAACAGCUGUUCAGCAUUCUGUGGUCACUGAGCAUGCCCACCACCCAGUCUUCACUCUGGUACCUCCUGCUGAUGUGUGUGUGCGGUGCCAUUUUGUGUACAUAAGGACCAGAGAGGUGAGAUCACUACAAGUAUAUAUGCCUCUGAAUAAUUGUGUUCCAAAUGUGCUCCAGUACAGUAGGAUAGGUUGCUGGUCCAUUGCACUUUUGUGCAUAUUCCCAUCUGGCUUGUGGAUUGUGCAGUGGUGGAGGAGGCUCAGAAAAAAAACAGCACAUGUGAAAACUGGGGAGGAAGAAAGGGAGACAUGAAGGCGAAGCUGAAAGCCACGGUGUGACAUAGACGCGCACACACAAUGCACAGAAUCUGGACUGGGAUUGAAAUUUUCGCUCAGCCCUGAAGCACGCAAGCUGCCUUUCAGCAAACCACAGGUUCUCAGCUUAUCCUGCUCGAUAGCGUUGUUCUGAGGAUAAAACAAGAUUAUUUCAGUGCAUGCCAUCCUGGGCUCUUUGACAACGAUGCCACCAGGGCAUGCCUUUGUGGGUUGAAAUCCAGGGCUGCACUCAACAGAAGAACCGGUAGCCUCCCCCCAACUACCCCAUAGCAGUGCUGGCUUACUGAAUCCUGAAGUGGACUCAUAACAUUGGAAGGAAGCUCAAAGAUAAUCUAGUGGUCCACCCCCUGCUGGUGCAGGCAAAGCACAUUGCCAUUUGAAGUGUGUGUGUGUGUAUGCAAGUAAUGCCAUUACAACGUCUAGAAUUGCCUAGCUGCGCCACUGCUCCUUGGAGGAAAGAUAAGACGCAAAAAAAAGAAGUGCUAAUGAUGAUAAAAGGAAAGGGGGGAGAACCAAGUAAGGCUAUGCAGCUGGAUCAGCCAGUCAGUUUAGAAACGUAUCUGCAGGUCUGAAGCCUAUUCCUCUGGGAAAGUGUCGGGAAGUAAAUGCGGCACUUAAAAGGAAUCUGUGGCAUUUGCACUCGUCGGCUUGCCUAUAAAAAGGCACACUUUGUCCCCCCUUGAGUAUUGGGGCAGUUUGAUCAGCAAAGCUGCUGCUUUUUUCCCUAUAGAGAGCCUCUGGGGCAACCCUUUAUUUUCCUAAAAUAACUGCAGGCGUUCCGAACCCUUCCCAGCCCAGGUGCACAAAAGCCGCCUUGUGCGGCCGGAGGACCUUGGUGCUGGUGACUCCAGGUCUUUGCACUAUGUGCUGAUGACAAAGGACAAUUGUUGAGUGGGGAGGGUGGGGGCUGCUUUUUUGGGAGCACCUUCCUUUUAUAGUAAACAGCAGUUGCCCUUGCAGCUCUGCCCACCCCUCUGGUGCGAGACCCGCCAGCUCAGUAUAUAAGCAGUGGGAGCCAGGGUCGCCUUUUGUUCCUCGGCCCUCUGCCUCCCCACCGUGCUGCUCAUCCCAGCUCGUGCCACAAGUGAACCGAAGCCAUGGCCCCCAAAAAGCCAGAACCCAAGAAAGAGGCUGCCAAGCCGGCUCCGGCUCCUGCUCCGGCUCCUGCCCCAGAACCACCAAAAGAGCCUGCUUUCGACCCCAAGAGUGUGAAGGUAAGUAACAGGGAGGUGCCCAGUAAUUCCCUUUCUUACAGGCUUGGGAUUCAAGGCCUGUGAUCAGAUCCCUUGUCGUCGCACAGACUCAUCCAAUGGCCCCCAUGGCGUAAUUACUGAAUCUCAGCCUUGUUUCCCAGACCUGCUGAUUCCAAAUGGUAGAAGCCAUUUCAAGGUAGCUGUGGUUCCUGCAUUGCAGGAGGUUUAUACUAGAUGAUCCUUUGGGUGCCUUCCAACUCAACAGUGCUACAAUUCUAAGAGUAAUCUAACGGUAGACUGUUUUGAAAGCUGGUCCGCUAGACGCCAAUUUGCUUGCUUGCUUUUCUUCUUCCUACCUCCAUUCCCAAAUUAGUUGCAUCUCAUUUGCCACAAAAUGUUUGUUUCUUAACUCCAUAAUAAUAAUAAUAAUAAUAAUAAUAAUAAUAAUAUUUAUAUGCCGCCCAUCUUACUGGGUUACCCCAGCCACUCUGGGCAGUUUCCAACAGUAAGACUUCAAACAUCUUACUUCUGCAUUAAAUAAUAUAAGCUUUGCAAGAGCUCAGCUUACCCACUUACUUUGCAAGACAGCUUCUCUUCAAGGGCAUUUAAAUCUACUUCGCAGAAGAUGAAUGGCGAGAUUGAAAGAAACCUUACUGCAAAAUCUUAACUCCUCUGUAACUUAGUUUUAAAGGUCACUAAAUAUGAGGUGCUUGACAAAAGCCCCAAAUUCUUCCGAAACCUUUGCUUUGUUGCUUGCAAGUGCUCAGGUCUGUGUUGGAAGUUACAAGUGGAGUAGAAUAGUAAAGGUUUGAAUCUACUGUUUAGGCUCCAAAUAACUCUAUGAAGCCUCUUAAUGUUUUUCUCAUAGCUGUAGAAUAAGAUUUGAAUGAAUGGAAAUAUUAAUAUUGCCAUUAAUCAGUAAAACAGGUUUCUUGGGCUGGAGAGAGCUGAUGGUUUGUUUUUUAGAGUUGAAAAACAUUUGAGGGAGCUUUCACAUCCUAGGAUGUAACGCUUAUUUCUUUUGUCCCAUCACCGCCACUUGUCAAAUGAGUUCUGCAGGUUUUUGAAACAGUACAAAAUCCUACUAAGCCUAUUUACCAGAGGUGAAAGUGGAAUGAGAAUUCACACCACAAGUCAACAAUCGCUCUUUCAAACUGUGUUCAACACAUACACACAAACCCUUGGUUUUAUUUGCAGCCCUGAAAAUCUCCCCGUUUUUUAAAGUUGAUAGGAUAUCUGCAGAUUCCCUCUGCAGAAUGGCACUGUUCAUUCUGAACACAUUAGUACGUUCCUGCAAGUAUAGCAUUUCUGCGUAAGAGCAAAUUGGCUUUCUGAUGUUGGUGUGAAGUGUGGCUCAAGUGUUUUUCAGGCCCUGAAUGCACAAAGCUGGGCACCUAUUGUGAUAAAUUUUGCAUUUUCCUAUAUAGAGAGAGUGCAACAAGACACCUCACCACAACCGAAACCUUUCAGCGGUUCCCCCCAGUUCCUAUAUCUGCGUCUGCCCCAAAGGCCUUGCCUCAUCCCAUCCAAACUGCUGCUCCUUCUGCUUCACAUAACAUUGGUUUAAAUAGCAUGCUGGAUGUUGUACAAGCCUUAGGAAUCCCACACCUAGAGACGUAGAAAGACAGGAAGCUGCUAACUUCUACUCAGAUCAUUGGACCAGUAUUAUUUAGACUGAGUAGAGAGACUGACUUUCCAGAGUUUCAGACAGGGUGCCUCUCCCUGCCAUACCCAGAGAUGCUGGGGAUUGAACCUGGAACCUUCUGUAUGCAAAACAGAGGCUCUACCACUGAGCUAUGGGCUCUCCGGUAGUCAAGGGGAGAAGACAGCAAUGAGUCAUGAGGGCACAGUAGAGGAGAGUGAACUGGCAGCAAAGGACCAGGUGAGAUGAGACCACAAUAGAUCGCAGGAGUUUUGCUGAAUUGACUUGAGGGAUGAGGCUUUAAGAGGUGACAGGGAGAGACCAUUAUGGGAAUAGGCAACAGCAUAGAGAGGAAACGAGGAGGAGGAAAGAGACACAGAAGCCAGUGACAAUAUUAUGUGGGGCAGGGAGAUAAGAGAGGGAGAGCUUUGUAGUUCAUGCAGAAUGUCCAUUUGUGUCUUCAUUCUAAAACGCUCAUAUAAAAUCUCAAGGGUACAAGGGUUCACUGGCAGUUGUUGAGCCUGUUUUUGUUGCUGAGACCUGGCCCUAAGUAUGUGUUGUACAUACAAUUUUUGGCCUGAGUUUGGUACAUUUUAUAUUUUGCUGGCAUAAUGCUGGCUUCUAGGCUUUCUGGUGCUCUUUGUCCUAUCAUUAAUUCACAAGGUUUUUAUAGCACAGUAUUUUAUUCUAUGCUGAUACGCGAUUGUAAGUAAACUGCUUUGGGAAGACUUGUCUUGAAACACAGAGUAUCAAUGUAUUAAAUAUUUUUUUAAAAUUUAAAGUAAAAUCAGAGCAACAGGGAGCUACUGUGGAAGGAGGAAGGGAAACAGGCUAUGGUUUCAAAGCCCAGUGGCAGAAAGAUGGGUUUGGGUCAAGGCCAGCAGAGACGAUCAACAAGAAGAAGCAGGCAUAGAGCACGAGAAAAAAGAUUCAUAGUGCAAAUCUACAUGUGCCUCCCCAAAACUCAGCCCCACUGAAUUCAAAUGUGGCUUUCUUCCAGGGAAAUGUGCAUGGGAUUGCAGCCCUAGAGAAGCGGAGGUUGGGAGAUGUUAAAAAGGAAUAAAGGUUUGGCGAAUACAUGGGCAUAGGAGGAGAUGCCUUUGAACAAUGGUGCCAUGGGGCUGGACCUCAGUGCUCAAGGGCAGCAGUCCACAGCCCAGGCCCCCACUGAAUGACCGCCUAGAGAGCGGCAGACAAUGGGGCAGCAGCAAACAGUCACCAUGUCACCCUCUUGGCCAGCAAGUGGGACUGACGCUGGUCGCAGCAACAUCCUUUCGCUCCUAUUUGCAAAAUCAUUUAGAUAUACACACUGUGGCAGAUACCCAUUUUAUUUUUUUUACUCUAUAUUAUAUAUAUUCCUUUACUGGUGCUUAUCCCCAAGUCUAUGUGCUUAGGUUCAAGGCAUCGAAAGCAAACUCCAUUUUUAUUCAUGUAGUCAGGGGGGUGCUGCGAUUUUACUGAGUUUAACGCUUGAAACUGAACAUGCUCAGAGAAUUUUUUCUUCUUCUUCUGGUCAGGAUUGGCAAAUGUUUUGAGGUCCCCCUCCCCUAACGUAUCAGGAAUGUUGAAAGUGUUGGGAGAGGAAGGAGACACAUAGAGAAAAUAAAUGUUAAAUGUUUCUUCCUACUUGAAGAAAUGCCCAGGGUCUAAAAUUGCCUAGAUGCACUUAACUCCCUGCAGGAAACACAUAACGUGUGAACAUGUGUGUGUGCGUACAUCACUUAAAUGCCAGCAGUGCACACAUAAGGAAAACUAAGAUAAAAUAGAUGUGUAUGCACUAGUGUUUAAAAAUGUGUAAUGUAUAUAUUUAGUGUGAGAAAUAUCCAGGUGCAACUUCAGCCUGUGACUAUGCUACACAAAUUACUUAACAAGAUAUACUGCCUCUCCAAAUGGAGGUUCCAUUUGUCAUAGCUGUGGACAGGCAUACCCUUCAUGAAUGCAGAUGGGUUCCAUGCCCAUUCCUCUCUAUAAUCUGCCUUAUGCCACCACCCGCCCAGCAAACGAACAACAUCAGCCCUUUGUCUCUUCAGUUAUCAUGCAGGGAGGGAAUUUUUUCCAUUCCUCUCCUUUCCUUUGAUACCGUCCCUGUUCUUUUCAAGAUAGCCUCUCCUAGCUGGAGAGGGUUAUUAAUAGCAUCAAAUCAGUAUGGAACUGGUUUAGCCACUUGACACUUUGACCUUGGGAGGAUGUCUAGAAAUCUCUCUCUCUCUCUCUCUCUCUCUCUCUCUCUCUCUCUCUCACACACACACACACACACACACACACAACUGGUGGCCAUUGGAACUGGUAGGCUGGAAGGCUGUGACACCAAGAAGAAGUGGAGGCAGAGCCAAUGACAGGCAGAGUCCCUUCUCUUCCCUGCUGAGUUCUACAAGGGCAACACAGAAAUGGAGGAGGAAGCCAACAAACUAGUGCAUUCCCCUGGAUUGGUUGUUGGGAAGAUGGCAGGCAGGGAGUUGAAAGAAACAGAAAGGUGGCCCCACAGAAAGAGUGUGAUCCUAUGGGCUGGCCCAGUUACCAUGUCAGGAAAAUGUUAGCAUCUAACCCAAACUGCAAGAAGCUUUGCACUCGGGACGAAUCCUCAGUCAACAGGUGGUCUGGAAGCUGCCAUUGUGUGCCUGUUCCGGAAAUCAUUUCCAGGUAUGAGGGACAACGAGGUUGAAAACAAACUAGCAUUUCUGUUCAUCCAGAAUUGGCUUCCUUCCACUCGUUUUGUGCACAUGCACAGAAUGGAAUACUCCAUCAGGAGUGCAGUGAAAGUAUAGUUUGGCAGGGGGAGGAGGGAGCAAUCCAGCCUUUUACACUCACUAACUACCUGAGGGUAUGAGAGGUUGUUUAAAAGUGUAACUGAUCCACAACUAAAUAGUCUCCCCCCCCCAUUUUUUUAUUAGUUUUCCAAAUUUAUAACAAACAUAUCUACAAACAUAAAAAGAAGACAUCAAAAAAAGACAAACAAACAAACAAACAUAUAUCCUGACUGUAGAAAUUCCACUUUUGUUAUCAUUAAGUGACUUCCUCAAAUCCCCCUGGCUGAGUUUCCAUAUAAAUAAUUGUAGCAGUUUUCCAAAACUGAGUUCACAUAAAAUUUACCUAGUUCAUUAACAUCUUUCUUUCUUUCAUUUUACUUUUUAUCCAUAGUAUUCUACGACAUCACAUAUUUAAAUCCUAGGCCAAUCUGAUACUCGCAAGUAAUUCUAUUUAAGUUAUCUGAACAUAUUUAACUAAAUAGUCUUUGAAUUUCUUCCACAACUAAAUAGUCCUGCCUAUGAACCGAAAGCCUCCAGAUAUCCCAAAGUCUACAAACCACAUUAAACCCAAGCAUAUAUAACUGACUCCUGCAGCCAUCGCAGGUUGUGUGUGUGCGUUUGCAAAAGCUGUGGUUAAAGCAAAUCAUUAACUGCUGGCUUUUUCUUUCUUUUGCAGAUUGAAUUCAAUUCUGAACAGAUUGAAGGUAGGCACUGGGGUGUGUGGGGGGGUGUUUAAAUCCAUAGAUAGUCGCUCUAUAUGUUUGGGGAGGCAGGACAACCCCACCCCCACUCACCAUUCGGUGAAGGUUUAGAAUUUGAGCAAACUCGUAAAUUCAUGAAUUUAGCAGAGGUUGGAAAGAAUACUGGCUAGCUUCCUUAGGAGGCAGCAGACCUGCUGGCUGGCUACAGCAAGCUGUCACAGAGAGACAGGAGGAUGGUGUUUAGGAUGCCACAGAAUCCAAUGCUGUGCUGCUGCAGAGGACAAGACCCUCUGGAGAUGUAAAUGCUGUGAACUCUCCCUCCAUAAAACUCUGGUGUAAAUAUGUGUGAAUAAACCGAAUUUCUUAAAGACACUACAGUCUCCGUUGUGUAGGGUUGCCAUAUUUCAAAAAGUGAAGGUCUGGAUACAUCUAAAAAACCCCAGAAGUUUUAAAUCUUUUUUAUUAUUUAUUAUGUUUUUCAAAUUAAAGUUUUACAAUCACAUAUCCAACAUAUAGGAAAAAAGAUUCCAGAGAAUCUCCUAGACUUCCCUCUUUCCCUUUGUGAGUCCUAUUGUGGGUCAUUUCCUCCUGCAUCUUUUAUAAUAAUCCAAAUCUUUUACAUCUCCAUUAUAUCCAAAAUUCACCAUUAAACUACAAGUUUCUGAGCUAUUUUUAAGGGCAUUCAGCAAAAUCUAGACUUCCGACAUGGGUUGCCAUGUGUCUGGAUUUCCCUGGAGAUUUCCACCCAGACACUAACAACUACAGUAUUCCGGCUAUGUCCAGGAAAUUCCAGACAUAUGGCAACCCUACUGCUGUGCCUCAUUCCAAACGAACACAAAUACUGGUUAAUUGCCAAGAUGCCUGGAAUCUUGCUACCAUUUGGCAGAGAUUGGGGUGGCUUGUAACAAUAAGCUGUGCAGUGGUACCUUGAGUUACAAACGCUUUAGGUUACAAACUCCGCUAACCUGGAAGAGUUACCUUGAGUUGAGAACUUUGCCCCAGGAUGAGAACGGAAAUUGUGUGCCUGUGGUGCAGCAGCAGCAAGAGGCCCCAUUAGCGAAAGUUCGUAACUAGAGAUAGCACUGUAGUGCCUACAUAUACUGUAGUCUCUGUGGCUGCAUGCCUUCCAAACUUCCCUCUCUCUCUCUGCCUUAAGCUUGGUGCUACUUUGCCAAAUGCCACACGGUGGGGGAACAGACAGGUUAUUACGCCUGUAUGCAUUAGGCCCCAGCAUGCCUUUGGCUUAACGAGUAUGAAUGGUAUUUAACUUUUCGUGCUACCACAAGGAUUAGUACUAGCACAAAGGGAUUUCUCCCCCUCUAUUCCCCCUGAACAUGCCUCAUGCCAUCCCAAAAUCAUCUCCAGAGCAUUGGGAUGGGGGAACCCAGAACACAUUUAGGGGACACAUGGCUGGAGGGGGCGGGGAGAGAACAUUCCGGAACAGAACAUUCACCUUGGCACUAUGUUGAAUACAACCCUUUGUCUCUGUGUGAGACAAUUUGUCUGUUAAGACAGGGAAACCUGCGUCUUCCAGGUAUUUCUGGGGUCUAAUUCCUGUCAUCCCAGGCUAUUGACCGUGCUGGCUGGGGCUGCUAAGAGCUCAAGGGCUACCAAUUUCCCAUCCCGACUUUGCAGGCUUCAUAAUCUGAUUUCACUCUUUUUAAAAAUAUAAAUAUAUAUUUAUGCUUUUCAGGUUUAUAUGUUUCACUAAUUUUACAAUCAUUUUAACAUUUCAAAACUUGACUUCCUUCCCCCAUUCUGUGGUUCCUUAAAUUUGUUUUUAAUGUCUUCUGCUUAUCCAAAUUAACUUAAUUAGCUAAUUUAUUCAUCUACUAAGGGACGUGGGUGGCGCUGUGGGUUAAACCAGAAGGUCAGCAGUUCGAAUCCCUGCGACGGGGUAAGCUCCUGUUGCUUGGUCCCUGCUCCUGCCAAUCUAGCAGUUUGAAAGCACGUCAAAGUGCAAGUAGAUUAAUAGGUACCGCUCCGGCGGAAAGUAAAUGCCAUUUCUGUGCGCUGCUCUGGUUCGCCAGAAGCGGCUUAGUCAUGCUGGCCACAUGACCCGGAAGCUGUACGCCAGCUCCCUCGGCCAGUAAAGCGAGAUGAGUGCCGCAAUCCAAGAGUCGGCCAUGACUGGACCUAAUGGUGAGGGGUCCCUUUACCUUUACCUAUUCAUCUACACACACACACACACACACACACACACACAUAUAUAUAUAUAUAUAUAUACGCUUAGAAAACUGCGGAUUAUUAUGAUAAUCCUGCCAAUACUCUUACCUGUUUACAAUUUAUCUGCAAAUAUUCAAUAAACUAUUUUCAUUCUUUUAUAAAAAGUUUGUUGUUUUCUUAAUUCUUCUGGUAAUUUCUGCCAUUUCUGCAUAUUCCAUGAGUUUUAGUAUCCAUUCUUCCUUUGCUGGGAUGACUUCUUUCCAUUUUUGGGCGAGUAAUGUUCUUGCCACUGUAGUAGCAUACAUGAAUAAGUUUCUAUACAAUUUAAGUAGUUCUGCCCCUAUAAUUCCCAAAAGAAAAAGCUUCUGGGUUUUGCUUUGUUUUGUUUUUACAAACGUUAUUUUAAACAUCCUUUUCAAUUCAUUACAGUGGUACCUCUGGUUAUGUACUUAAUUCGUUCCAGAGGUCUGUUCUUAACCUGAAACUGUUCUUAACCUGAAGCACCACUUUAGCUAAUGGGGCCUCCCACUGCCGCCGCACCGCCGGAGCAUGAUUUCUGUUCUCAUCCUGAAAGUUCUUAACGCGAGGUACUAUUUCUGGGUUAGAGGAGUCUGUAACCUGAAGCGUAUGUAACCUAAAGCGUAUGUAACUCGAGGUACCACUGUAUAUAUCAUUUCCCAGUAAGCUUUAACCUUACUACUAGACCACCACGUAUGAUAAAAAGAACCUUCUUUCUCUUUACAUUUACAACACUUAUUUGAUUUAGAUUUAUACAUUUUUGCCAAUUUACUUGGUGUUAGAUACCAUCGAUUAUAUCUAUAUCGAGCAUCUGAUUUCACUCUCGCCCCCAUCCUUAUACCUUGAUCAACAGCGGUGACCAAUAGAGCACAUUGGGGAAAGCAGUGAAACUGUAGAGAAGACCUUGAGAAUUUACACAGCAGUGGCCUGGGGCUGAUGGGAGUCCAACAGUGUCUAUAGGUUCCCCAUCCCUCUGUUAAGAUCCAUAGGAACUGUCAUGUUGAGAGUUCCCUUUUUUUCGAGAAGUCAGAAAGACGCAGCAGCAGGACCCAUGCACACCUAAAGUUCAGCACAGCAUGAAUCCCUAGGUUCAGGAAGGGUCAUUGUGAUGUCACAGGAGACCUCCUCAUAUGUGGCAGCCAUCGCACUGCUGCACCUGGCAUUAAAAUGCAGAAUAACAAGCUAACUCCGCCGGUGAAUAGGCCUGAAGAUUUCCAUAGGUUUCAAAAUGAUGCCUCUUGGGCCUCCAUGUCUCCAGCGCUGCACACUGGUGCUGAGCCCUUGACCUCUUUCAACAGUGGAGACACCUCCAUGAAAGAGGUGUUGCUGGAGAUCAAGAAAACGAUGGAGCAAACCAUAGAGGCAGUGAAGGCCUUUGAUAGUAAGAUCUUAGCUUUGAAUUCACGUAUGGACACCCUGGAAGGGCUGAUCCAAAGCCUGAUCCGGUCAGCCACAGCAACGAGCUUCACAAUUAAGAACGAGCAAGCAAAGGUACAGGACUGCCACCGGGACAUUGGGUCCCUGGUUGGCGAGAACAGACGCCUCAGCGACCGGGUGCAGAAGAUCGAGGACCAAGUGCAGCCCCAUAUCCUCAGGAUCUGUGGCUUGCCAGAGGAAGAAGAGGGCCAGGACCUGGUAGCCUUCCUGGAGGAGUGGUUGCCGGGUAUCCUGAAGUUAGACACCAGAGAUGACCCCAUUGUGGUGGAAAGAGCCUACAGGGUUUCCGCCAAACGGCAGAAGGCGGCAAAAGCAGAUCUGUGCAGGGCUAUUGUCACUCGGCUAGCAGAAUUAAGGGAUAAAGAGAGGAUCUUGCAGCAAGUUGAGAAGCUGAAACCCAUCACAUAUAAAAACAAACCAAUCUUUAUUUUUCCAGAUACACCCCUCUUGAAAGGUAAAUAGGAGGUCACUGGGUUGUAACCUUGGGCCAAAACCUAAUGCUAAUUUAGGCAAAACAACACCUUUUAAAUAAGUUUGCUCAAACUCGCAGCUCUUAUUUAAGGCAUUUACAUUAGCAUUUCUUAGCAGUGUACAGAAAAACGUUGAAAACACAACUCCUGUGGCAAAUUAGUUUCUGCAGGAAAUAACUCUACAGCCCUUACUACUCUACUGCCUGUUGAUGAAGAUACAGAUUACUGCAAGCUUCUCCUUCUGGGGCAAAUAGCAGCCAGGGAGCGAGCAAUUCUCAGCAGUGAACCUGGCAGGGGGAUCCAGGUUGGGGGUGCACAGCUGCUGUCUGUUUAAAAUAGUGGAGACGUUCAGCAAUUUUAUUUUUUUUAAAGCAUCACUAGCGGGUCAUUUGGCUGCUAACUGCUGUUGAAAACCAGGGAUCCUAUGGCCUGCCCAGGGCUGUGCCAGGGAAGGUAGUUGGUGACUCUGAAUAUUUGUAAAGGUGAUUUAAAAUGGUUUGAGAAAAAGCUUCACUUUCUGAGGGGUGCACCCAAUAUUUAUAUUGCCCAGUGAGCUCAGAGUUGAGAGAGAACUGUAUAGGCUCCCCUUGCAUGAUCAAGGGUUCUAGACCACAUGGGAAGCUUAUAUAGGUUGAGCAGACUCCCCUCUUCAGACCUUCUAUCAACGAUUUGUGUGGACUGUGGCGCAGAAGGGCAACAGUAAUAUGAGAGGGGGACAAGGCUCAUGAGUGCAACUCUGGGCUUUCCCUCAUGCGAUGGAGGCAAAACUCUUGAAUAGGACUGCUGUGGUACAGUAUAUUCUUCCUUUUGCGGAGCUGGAAAAAUAGACCAGAAUGGCUCUAAACAAAAAACAAAAAACCUUCCCCAAUCACCGUUAAGAGUAUGUAAAAAAAUAAUUCUCAGACUCUUCAUGUUUAAAAGUAAUUCUUCUGCUGCUCCUCAGACCUAGGGUGGGAUCUCUAGGGCAUCAUGGGUAUAUUUUCCUGACAUUGUGCAAAGAACUACCGGUAACUUGGUCCCUUCUUUUGCGCAGAGUUCAAAGAGGCCUUCAUGCUGUUUGACAGGACUCCAACGGGCGAGAUGAAGAUUACAUACAGCCAGUGUGGCGAUGUCAUGCGAGCCCUGGGACAGAACCCAACCAACGCAGAGGUCUUAAAGGUGCUGGGGAAACCAACACCCGAAGGCAAGUUUACAAAAUAAGAUGCAUCUGGCCCUUUUCAGCUUCCAAAUUUUCCUCAAAAUUACAGCUUAAAAUUACACAUAUGGGGUUCAGUUGUUGUUUUAAUAUUCUGUUGGGAGCUGCCCAGAUAGGCAGCUAAUGAUGAUGAUGAUGAUAAUAAUAAUAAUUAAUAUAAGCAAUGCUCAAGCGCUGUUUCUCUUGGCCUGGGUUAAACUUGAAAUUUGCGCUUCUCCCAAAUCAGAUCCUGGUUAGCAUUCUUGAUUUGUAGGGAGCACAUCCUUGAACCCGCAGUUCAGAUAUUUCAAGGAAUUGUGGUUUAAGCAACUAGGGAGGCAGCCAAGUUUAUGAAAGGAAGAUGGAGGGAAGGAAGGAGGGAGCAGGAGAAGGGUGCACUCAAGCUCAUCCCUCAGUUGUGUGCUGUGGUUUGUUGCAAAUGGCCUAUUAUGAAGGCUGCGCCCACCAUCUUUCAUCUCUGUGUUCUUCCUCAUCAGAAUUGGGCGCGAAGAUGCUGGAUUUUGAAACCUUCCUCCCAAUGCUGCAGCACAUUGCCCGAUCCAAGGACCAGGGGACUUAUGAGGACUUUGUGGAAGGGCUGCGCGUCUUCGACAAGGAAGGGAAUGGCACCGUCAUGGGGGCUGAACUGCGCCAUGUCCUUGCUACUUUAGGUAGAGGAAGUCAUAAAAUUUGUGGCAUGAUGGUGGAAGGAGAUGGUGGAAGGUAUUCUGCUUUAGCAGGCCUCAGCCUUCUAUCUUAUGUGGUCCAUCUAUCUUAGGGAAUAACCUCUCCCAAAUCACACAUACAUUUACUUUAGGGAGAGUAAGAGGGCAAACACACCAUUCAAUGAAGCACAUUGGUGCCCCCCUGCCGCCCCUCCCCCAAAUCCUGGGAACUGUAGUUUACCCCUCAGAGUUGCAGACAUGGCCAUUGGCCACGAUUGCUGGGGCUAAUGAGAGUUUUAGUUCAGCAACAUCCUGAGGGCCCAAGAUUCCUCACCCCUGGCUUAUGCUCUCAGCAUCCUCUAUACCAUCUCUGCCUACCUUUAAAGCAUGGGAGAGGAACUAGAUCAAUGUUUUCCAAACUUGUCUUCAGCUGUUUUGGGACUACAACUCCCAUCAUUCUUAGCUAGCAGGAUCAGUGGUCAGUGAUGAUGGGAACUGUAGAUCAAAGCCAUGCCUGGCCAUUAUUGGGUCAUGGUGGCAGGAGCUGAUGGGAACUGGAGUCUGAUCACAUCCGGAAGGUCACAAGUUCCCCACUCCUGCUUCAAGGUGAAAAGGAAGGGGUGGGGGAACAUUUCUCACAAACAUUCCUCCCAUCACUGAUACUGGGUGAAUGCAAUUCAUGUGUGGACACGAGUUCUGCAGUGCCAGCUGUGCAAAACGCACAUUCUAUUGAGCUCAAUAGACAGCAGCAGAAGAGGAGAAGAGUUUGGACUUGAUAUCCCGCCUUUCACUCCCCUUAAGGAGUCUCAAAGCGGCUAACAAUCUCCUUUCGCUUCCUCCCCUACAAUAAACACUCUGUGAGGUGAGUGAGGCUGAGAGACUUCAGAGAAGUGUGACUAGUCCAAGGUCACCCAGCAGCUGCAUGUGGAGGAGUGGGAAAGUGAACCCGGUUCACCAGAUUAUGAGUCCACCGCUCUUCACCACUACACCACACUGGCUCUCACUGCCAAUGGGUAAUGUGGGAUUGCUACAUUAAUCCCUAUACACAGCUGGCUGGUGUACUAGGCACUGUACCCAUGGGAGCACAGCAGGAACAUGAGGUGCUGGUUUCUACUGAGUCAGACCUACUGGUCCAUCUAGUUCAGUACUGUUUACACAGAGCCAUAACCACAGGGGGGCUAUCCGGGGUUUUGCCCUGGGGGAAGCCUCCAGAGGGGGGCAACUGAGGCUCCAAGUCUGUGGGUGGGUGUACAGAAAUGUGUGUGGGUGUGCCAAACCAGGUCUUUGACCCUGCUGAAAUAAAGCCUAGUACCACCCCUGGUUUAAAGACCUUCUUGAUGUUGCUGAACUACAGCCCCCAUCACCCAGGGCCAUUGGCUGUGCUUGCUGGGGCUGACGGGAGUUGGUAGUUCAGCACAUGUCUGGUUUACACUGAUUCUAUCCCAGAUCUAACUUCAGAUGUCAGGAUUGUACCUGGGAUCUUCUGCACACAGGGAAUAUGCUUUACUACGGUGCUAUAGCUGUUUCCCCUAAUAUUCAGAAGCCUCUGCUGCUCCUAAAAAUCCCUGGAUCAUGAUGCUAAUAUGCAGAAUGCUUGAUGCAGCUUAGUCUAUUCGAAGAACAAUUUUUGUGUGUGGAGGGGGGAAACAAAGCUUGAUGUUUGAUUUCCGCUCCUAGGGGAGAAGAUGACGGAGGCUGAAGUAGAACAGCUAAUGGCAGGGCAAGAAGAUGCCAAUGGCUGCAUCAACUACGAAGGUAGGACAAACCCACAUUUUCUUUUGAAACACAAAACAAAACUUCCACUUAUCGGGAAACUCUGGAUCUGCCCACACUUUUCUUUCGCUUCUGGGACUCCUGCUACUGCUGUAUGAUGUGCACUUGACCAGUAGUCGCUGAGCAAUACAUUACUACUCAUGCUUUGCAUUGGAUGCUUAACUUGAUUGACUUGCACAGAUAAUAUGAAAUAGAGGUGGAAACUGGACUGACUGCAAAAUUCAGUUUGGCACUUCAGUAAACAGCCUGAUUCAGUCCAGACAGAUUUGGGAACUGUUCAGUUUGGGUUUAGAUCUGAAUACUAGUUCAAAAAAAAUCCAAGUUUUGGUAUUAUGGGGAUUUUUAUUUAUUUUUAAGCCAUAAAUAUUUUAUUUCCCCCAGAAUUGGAUGGCAUUUUUAGGCACUAAGGCCUCUCCAGAGUGCAUAAAACCUGCCAAUUCCAAACAAAUAGUCUUGUGGGGUUUGUGCUGAACACCUUUAAAAUUGUUCUGGUGGUGCUGGUUGUUCUAUGCGGCAGUGGUGAGGCAAUAGUGGCAGCAAGGAGCUAAGAGUCGGCUGUCACUGAAGACAGGAGGACUCACUUCUGAGUGAACAUGCAUAAGGUUCUGAUUUUAUGAAAAUUAACAACUCUUUGUUGUGUGUUCUCAGCUUUUGUCAAGCACAUCAUGUCUGGUUGAAGAUGGAAUCCUUAAAGUGAGUCCCUUUUCCCCUUUCCUUGUUUGAAACAUCCCAGAUACCUGUGUGUGUUGCAACUAGGGAUGUUGGAGAAUUCCUACAAAAAUGGAAAAGUUAGCAGAAACUAUUGCAGUCUGCAGUCAACAAAAGGCAACCAACCAUGCCCUGGGCUCCUUCCCCCACUGCCAAUGAAGACUUAUAAAUGAAUAGAAAAAGAACCUACCCAAGUGACGCCGACACAAAAACCUCACACAUACACUAAGUAAAUGAAUGUUAAGUUUACCACACACCUUCUCCUCCCUCUCUCUACAUCCACAUCUCUUCUCCCCCAGCUUUAUACAGCAUUAAUGUCCCACAUCGCAUGUAACUGUUAUGUAGAAGACUCUAUGACCUGAAAAUAAGACACAAUGCACAUACUUUUGUAACCCAAUAAAAUCUCCAAUAAAAACUAUUUUAAAAAUGAAAGAAAUGAAAAUCAGUCAAGUAAAUACAAUUGAUCCUCAUUCACAUUAUCAUUGUUGCCUUUUUCAAAUCUGCAAACAAUACACAAUUAAGGACUCUUUUAUUUUUUUACAUCAUUCCAUUUAUAUCAAAACAGCUGCAAGUUGUGUGAGGCCUCAUCCAGACUUCCUUUUGUGCCACAUCUCUAGGCACGGGUCCGUGCUUUAAAGCUCCAUGUCUGAGCACCUUCGCCAUGGCGCUUUCCCCAUGAAAAUCUGCUCUUUACCGCUGAAAAAAUUCUGCAGGAAACCCGAAUUGCCAUUUGUUCUGAUUCAGCUUUAAAGAGCGGGUUUUCCUGGGGAAAGUGGUGGGGCCAAAAAAAACAACCCAGACCAGGAAAGUGCAAACCUCUGUCUAGAAAGUGCGGGAGGCGGGGAGUUUAACUGCGGAUGAGCCCUAACUUAUUUAAAUACCGUAGUUACAUAUUCCUCCCCCUGCCCACUGUUUAACUUAUGUAACAGUAUUCGGCAGAAACUGAACUGCAGCAGAACGGUAACAGCGCUGUUUGUGAUGAAUGCAGGUCGGAAUGGAAAGCGCUGUCGUCUUACAUCCCUAACUGCAACCAUUGUGUCCAAAUAUCAGCAAUGGAAAAAACCAAGACUGCUUUCUGUGCUGAAAAUGUGAAAAGUGUAAUGUAGAUUUUAGGUACUGUUGAUGGCUCCCCUAUAAAUCUUAGUUAGAACAUGGCCCAGGGCACAGCAAUUCAUAAAUUAAGCUCACAUGUGAAGUUUUAUUACUUUUGUUAAGUUAUUUGGAAAGAUUACUAGCUGAGGGAGGCGCUGAGUUAAUGCAAAACAUUUUAUUGUGGAUGCUGCAUGAUAUCUUAAUGAAGCCACAAGGAACUUUGGAGUACAGUGUCAUCAAUAUGUUGAGAGCAUUCAGCUCUAUUUCUUUAAUUAAGCAACUGGGAGCUGCUCUCUCAGUUCUAAAUAAAUGGCUGAAGGUCUGUGAAGACUGGGUGAAAUUAAACAAGCUGAAACUGGAAUCCAAACAAAAUUAAGAUAACCGUAAAAUAAAGAUACUGUGAUAAAUGUGGUGGAAAUUUCCUCCUCUGAUCCAGUUACAAGCUCACUCUGCACCUGAAUAGACAGGUGUCGGUGACAGCCACAGGUGCCUUUUAUCAAUCCCAGCUGGCAUUUUUCUUGCCUCCGUUUCUGGAGAAGACAUCUCUUGCCAUGCUAAUCCAUGCUUUUGUAAUGUCUAGAAUCUGUUCCUGUAGGGAUAGCAAAUGUGGUUUCCAUAUUGGCUCCCCCUGACUGCGUUAAAAUUAUCGUCUGCUUUCCUUCCAGGUUCUUGGGAGGAGGGGGAAAAAUCCAUCCAGCAAGAAUUUCUUACCUCAUAUCCCGCACACCUCUACGUUGCCCAGGAGCUGCAUUUGCCACAAGGCAUGUAAGAGGGACUCUCCAUUUCCACAGUGUAACAGCCUCUGUAUAUAAAGAAUGCAUGCUCCUGCAUCAGUUUUAAACCUUUAUUUAUUAUUUCGGUUGUGUCCAUUCUUCUUUCCUUCUGCUACAUUUGGUCCAUUGAAAUUAAAACGUCUGCGCGCACAGAUACCAUUUCCGUUUAA